CGUCAAAACUAGCAAGUAUUCCCAUCCUCACCAAACUCCCCAAUAACCCCAUCAAACCCCUCCUCCAACCUCCUCCCAAACACCAAAAAAAAACCCCCCCCCAAAUCAAAAUUUUCAACCCCUCCAAAAACACGUGCACCAAGUCACCUCCCAGCCCCGACAAGCAACAAGCAACACCGCAGAACCAGCACACCCUCCCCCUCACGCCACGAAAAAGGCUAACCAGAACGCUCCCUAAAACAUACCAGUAAAACGUAAAAACAUAAUAAAUUGAGAAAAUAUCAGUUCUUACGAAAGGGGUAUUUACAUUUAAGAAAAGGCGAUGGAUUUCCAGGAGGCCGAGUCGCUGGAUCAUCAUGUCGAGGGCGACGAACAAGACGAAGGAAUGUCUCCUCACUCGACUGAUGGCCAGAAAUCGAAACUGCAGCUGCCGUUGAGUUGUGAUCCGCCUGGGCCGGGGAAUCGGGUUAAGCAGUUGGUUUGGAUUGUAAGUUUUUUUUUUGUAUUCUUACGCUCACUUGCUGUACGCUGUACUUUUUUGCUUGUAUGAAGGGGAGGAGGGGGCUGAUGAGAUGGGUCUUUUCAUGUUCGUGGUGGUUUAAUGAGUGCCCCUCAUCCGUCCGAAUGAAUCUCAAAUAUAAGAAAUGAUAGAUAUAUAUCUUCAACUAACUUCCCCCCAGAUCUUCGGCUCAACAGGCCACAUGGGCAGCUCCCUAGUGCGCUCCUGUCUCGGCCAAGGCGACCUCGUCGUCGCCGUAGGCCGGGUCUUCGAGAACAGCCUCGAAUCGAUGCAAGACUGGCACCCCAACAGCCACGGGCUACUCUGCGACGUGCGGUCACGCGAGAGCGUGCAAGAAGUACUCGAAGGCGCGAUCCAGCACUUCGGGCACGUCGACAUCAUCGCCAACUGCUCGGGGUACGGCGUCAUCGGCGCGUGCGAAGACCAGGACGAUCACGAGCUGCGUAACCAGUUCGAGACAAACUUCAUGGGCACGCUGCAUAUUAUCCAGCUCUCGCUCCCCUAUUUUAGGGAGCAGGGUGCGGGGAGGUAUCUCAUUUUCAGUUCCACCAGUGGUGCGCUGGGUGUCCCUGGAUUGGGUCCGUAUUGUGCGACCAAGUAUGCGGUAGAAGGCCUCAUUGAAGCAAUGCUCUACGAAAUAGACUCCUUCAACAUCAAAGCCACACUCGUGGAACCCGGGCUCGUCCGGCGCGACGAACCAGAGUGGGAGAAGAGCCCACUUCCCACAUGGGGACAUUUCCUGAUCAAACCCGCCAGUGAACCGUAUUCGCAGGCGAAUUCUCCAGCGCUGCAUGCGAAAAGAAUGGUUCAGUGGUUGGGGGAUAAGCAGCCGACGAGUGUGGUGAAAUGUGCGGAUCUGGUUUGGCAGUUGGGUCAUUGUUCGUAUCCUCCUUUGCGUUUGCUGUUGGGGAGUUAUGCUAUUGAGAGUAUAAGGGAUCGUCUGAGGUCCAUUAUUGAGGAGUUGGAGGAUUGGAAGCACUUGCAUUUUCCUGUCUCGCCUGAUGCGCAACUUGAAGAUGAGAAGGAUGAAGAAGCUGAGGAAGGGGGGAGGAGAGAUAGUGAUGCGAAGAUGGAUUAAAGUGGCAUGUUCGCUUCAUGUAAUUGUAUCAGAGGCUCCCGUUUUAAGGGGGUUGGUGGGAGAGGGGUUUGAAAGCCUGGAGAUUUGAUGUUGUUGGAGAUUGAUUUCUGGGUAUAAAAACGGGAAGUGACGAAGUUUGUAUACAAUAAUAAGUUGAAGUAGAUAUCAAAGAAAUCGACAGGCGUAAAUACCCG